GAUCGACGGAUUUCAAACACAGAGAGAUGGUUGGAAUGCGGAAUACCGAGAUGAGCGAAACAAAGUCGUUUCAUUAGCGGUGUUGUUUUAGGGUGUUUUGGUGUUUUUGUUUUGCAAAAGGUUAGGGCAAUAUGGUGAUUUCAUCUUCUUAUUAUGUAAACGGAGUAUCAAUUAGCAUUUUUCGAGAAAAAAAGGGUCAUUUCGCAAAUUGGACCGAUCGAAUGGGUCAUACUCAUACAGACAAAUUUACCAAAACAAUCGUGCCUUCUUUUCUUUUCUACAUCUAUUUCUAAUUCAGCGCCCCUCCCCAGCUACUGCAUCGCCUCCGCCGCACGCUGCAGUCAGCCGCCGCCGCUCCUACCUGAAAUAGUCUCACCGUCUGCACCCACCUUCUGAACAACUCGCCGGCAUCUCCCUCCCUCUCACAGCCUCACCUCUCCGGGAAAUCAUAGUUAUUUAAACUCUCUCAAUCCCCAAUCCCUGCUGUUGUAUUUGCAGAAGGAUAUGGGAGGCAGAGGAGUCAUUGGCGACAAAUGGUCCUCGAGGGUUCUCUGGCUUUGUGCUCUAGGAAGUGCAAUCGGUAUGUAUAUGGUUGCUCAAGAAAGACGAUUACAGAACAGGCAAAGAAUGUUGACUGAGAGUCUUAAAGAUGUGGAAUCUGGAGGAAAUGUUGAAAAUGUUUAGGCCCUUUAGAGCGUUGUUGAAUUGUGAGCUCCAGAGUAUGAAGAUUAUGCGUUUUCAAAUUGCUUCCAUCCCUUAUGGUGGCUACAACUCAAUAGUGUGCGUUUCCAACCAUGUGAAAUAAUUAGAGCUAUGAGCGAUGAACUUGGAUUUUUUUUGAAUUCAUGGAAUACAAUAAUUUUACCAAGUCAAUAUCUAGUGGUCCAUUUUGAGAAA